CCGGAAGCUGUAGGGCGGAGCUCCACCUUAUGGUACGUGUGCCUGUCUAACAGUUAGUGAGUUAGCCUUACAGCAGACAACAAUCCGGAAUUAUGGUGUUACUCGAAAAUGAUUCGUUUCUCACAGAGCUCACUCGGCUCUUCCAGAAGUGCCGAACAUCUGGGAGCGUUGUCAUCACAUUAAAGAAGUAUGAUGGUAGAACUAAACCAAUGCCCAAAAAAGGGUAUCCGGAGUCAUUCGAACCUGCUGAUAACAAGUGUCUCGUCAGAGCAUCUGAUGGCAAGAAAAAAAUUAGCACAGUGGUCAGCACCAAAGAAGUAAUCAAGUUUCAGAUGGCAUACUCCAACCUCCUGAGAGCUCACAUAGAUGGUCUUAAGAAGAAAGAUAAGAAAAGCAAGAGCAAGAAGACCAAAGCCACACAAUGAACUAUAGACUCUUUAUCAAACAGUGGAUAUCUGAGCUGUCCAUUACAGUAUAAAGGGGGUGUGGGGGUCACCUUGUGCUGAUGUGACCUCCAGCCCCAAUCAGUUCUCUCCUAAAACCUCAGAAUCAUCCUCCUGGUGACUGUAGAUAUGCCAUUGUUUACAUGGUGAUGCCAUAUCCCAGGCUGUUCAGGGCCAUCCGGUGAUUAAGAACAGAACAGAACCUGAGGAUUUGGAUACGGAGCAUGCCACCAUUUAUUUAAUUAUUACCUUUUUAAGUUGUGGGAGAAAAAACCCUGUUUCCCCACAGAGCCCAAUGCUUUCUGGCCUUUAAUUUCUGUUAACCCUUAUUUAUGUAGUGCAGGGUUUGCAUUUUUGAUUGGGACAACAAUUAUUUUUAAAUAUAUGAAUGGAAAGUCAUAAAUCUGUUUGAUUGCUCAGUAUAAUUUAUGUCUAGCUUAUUUUCUUUACUAUGACGAACAAAUGGCCACUCUUUUUUUCU